AUGGCCGUCGCGCGAUCCCCGAGGUCCAACUCGCGCGGCACCGCCCGGAGAACACCCGCCACCGCCAAACACCGCCGACGCGGGGUCCCGCUCCACGUCAGGGCAGCCUACGGCGAGUCCAAGCCCGACGGCACGUGGGUCGAGAAGCCGCAGAACGCUUUCGGCAACUUGAUAAACCUCGCCAAGGGCCAACGCGAGAUCGUGCAAGCCGGCACCCCCGUGCUGAGGCAGAUGGCGGAGGAGAUCCCCUUGGACCGCAUCGACAGCGCCACCAUACAGGAACUGAUACAGGAGAUGAUCUCCAUCAUGCGCAAUCGCGGCGUCGGGCUCGCGGCGCCUCAGAUUGGCGUUCCCUACCGCAUCUUCGUCAUGGAGGACACCGAGGAAGGCAUGAGCGACGUCUCCAAGGACGACCUCGUCGCGCAGGAGCGCGCCCCGUUCCCGGCGAAGGUUAUCAUCAACCCCACGGUCACCCCCGUGUCGAACCAGUCGUGCGCUUUCUUCGAGGGCUGCCUCAGCGUGCGGGUCCGUGGGUACGGCGGCGACGGCAAGCCGGUGGACUUCGUCGCGAAGGGAUGGCAGGCGCGAAUCGCCCAGCACGAGAUGGAUCACCUCGACGGCGUGCUCUACGUGGACAGGAUGGACUCGCGGACUUUUCGAAGGGUCGACUUGCUGGACCAGCCGUUGCCCGGCGCGCACCCGGAGCUCGGUCCCGCGCCGGUGGUUGGUAAGUGCGCGGAUUUCGCGGGGCCGAGGGCCGGCGGGGGAGCCGGCGGCGAGGGGGGGAUGGCGGUGGAGGACGUCGAGGGGUUCAUAGGUAAAAAGAAGAGUAAGGCCGGGAGAAGAAAGUCGAGGUGA